AGACAGUUCGCGGUUGGAACAGCUGAUCGUGGCUCGCUGGUUAUCAGUGAGAAGUGCGUGUUCGCGAUAAAACAAACGAAAACGUGCAUUUUAUCAUUUGAUUCGAUUGAUGACUGUGUAAAUUAAGUAAACAAUGGAAUUGACUUCUACUUCUAGGAAUACAUCGAUGAGGUAUUUGCCGAAAAGGCCUCCGGUGGACAUCGAAUUUAACGAUGUCACCUAUUCGGUGCCGCAAGGAAGAAAAGGAUCUAAAAUGAUAUUAAGGAGUGUCAAUGGACAAUUUCGAUCAGGACAACUGACCGCCAUUUUAGGUCCUUCUGGGGCAGGAAAAAGUACCCUUUUAAAUAUACUAGCAGGAUAUAAAUGUCAGGGUGCCACAGGGCAGAUUUUAGUCAACGGCCAGCCGAGAAAUUUGAAACAAUUUAGAAAAAUGUCCAGGUAUAUAAUGCAAGAGGAUCUAGUUCAGCCGAUGUUGUCGGUGGAAGAGGCGAUGAUGGUAGCGGCAGAUUUGAAAUUAGGAAAAAAUAUGACGAAGAAUGACAAACGAAAAGCGAUAGACGAAAUUCUACAGUUACUAAGGCUGGACAAAGCGAAAAAUACCAGUACGAAUGGACUAUCAGGGGGUGAAAGAAAAAGGCUUUCCGUUGCAUUGGAGUUAUUGAAUAAUCCACCGGUUUUAUUUUUAGACGAACCCACCACAGGAUUAGACGACAUGUCCUGUUCGCAAUGCAUAGCUUUAUUAAAGAAUAUCGCCGAAGGGGGCAGGACCGUAAUUUGCUCUGUACAUACUCCGAGUGCCAAAUUGUUUUCCAUGUUCGACAACGUGUACAUUUUAUCUGAGGGCCAGUGCGUUUAUCAGGGUUACGGACCUGAAGUGGUGCCAUUUCUAAGCGAAAUGGGAAUAGACUGUCCCAAACAUUAUAAUCCUGCGGAUUUCAUUAUCGAGGUCUGUUGCAACGAAUACGGCGAAUACCAGGACCGUAUGGUGUCAGUCAUUCACAACGGUCGCAUUAUUUACAACAAAAAAUCCAUCUUGCCAUCAUCGAUACAAGAACUAAAAGAAGUCGAUAUUAGUAGCAGUAUAUCAUCGAUCAAAGAACAAGUGUAUUCAGAGUUAAGUUCCUCCACUUUUGAACACGAAUCAAACUGGAUGACGCAAUUUUCCAUACUCAUAUCCAGGAUGUGGUUGCAAAUGUGGAGAGAUAGAAGUUACCUUUUCUUGAGGAUGAUAUUACACGUUAUAAUUGGUGUUCUUAUAGGAACUUUGUACUUUGGGAUGGGCCAAGACGGCUCCAAGACUCUAUUUAACUUUGGUUUCUAUUUCUGCUGCCUUAUUUUCUUUAUGUACAUACCAAUGAUGCCAGUUCUUCUUCAAUUUCCUAGAGAAAUUCAGCUAGUGAAAAGAGAGCAUUUCAACAAAUGGUACAGACUCAGUGCCUAUUUUGCAGCUCUAUCUUUAUCUACCUUGCCAGUACAGAUAAUAUUAGGAUCAAUUUACGUUGUUUGCGUCUAUUUUCUAACAGAUCAACCUUUGGAAAUGGACAGGUUGUUUAUGUUCUUCCUGAUUUGUAUUUUGACAGGUGUCAUAUCGGAGAGUUUGGGACUUCUUAUCGCUGCUCAGUUAACUGUCGUGAACGCCAUGUUCGUCGGACCAGUAGCCACAGUACCCUUCAUGUUACUAGCAGUAUACGGUUUCGGUUCUGGCUACGACACCAUCCCCACUCUAAUCAAGAUAGCCAUGUACUUCAGUUACCUCAGGUACUCUCUAGAAGGUUUGAUUCACGCCAUGUUGAAAGACAGAGCCAAACUGAGUUGUCCUGAUACCGAAGAGUACUGCAUCUAUACGGACUUGAAUUUUUUCAUCAAAGACAUGGGAAUGGAAAACACAAUGUAUUGGAUAGAUGUAUUGGUGCUUUGUUUCAUAUUUAUUCUCUUCAGGGGCGGUAGUUACUAUUUGUUGCGUCAGAGAUUGGCGCCUAAUAAGACUUUCAUUGCUUUGCAGUAUAUCGGUAGAUUAAUUAAAUCACAUGUGGGUAUAGCGCGGUAAUAUUAAAGAUAUUAUGGACAGAUUUGUUCAUCUGUGAGUCCGAUUAGAGCUUACAGGUGAAAAGACUGGCUUUAAGAAAAAGAAAAUGGAAAAAUUGUCUUUAAUCAAAUUUCUGAAAUGUUGGUGUGUUGUAGAACUCGAUUAUCUAAAAACCUGAUGGGGUUUAAGGCUUAUUCUCAGUUCGCCGCAAUUCCAGCACCUGAUGGUCUUCAUCUUAUCAGUGAAGCUCUUCAUUAUGUUAACCAGUUUACCUUUACUGUAUAGUCCAGAAGCCUUAGUAGCUGCUUCAUACUCUAGAGCAGCGGACAAGACAUCGACCAAUGUUUUGUGAGGGGCUGAGCGUAGUAUUUUCUGCAUUUACUGGUUUGAAGGAUAAAUGUGGUCGUAACAAGGCUCAAAGGACCAGAGCAUGAACAGAUUGGUUAUAAAUGGCUCACAUUACAAUAUAUUUAAAUGGGACUCGACUAGAGUGUAAUAUAUAAUUCUAGCUGGUUUAAAACAUAUCUCUUUGCCACAGUUUUGAUUGCAGAAGAAAGUAUUUUGUUUAGCAGUUCUGUAUGGUUUUUAUUUUAUUGUAUUGUAUCAAUGUUAUGACUUUCUAUAAGGUUUAGUAUUUUUGUUUUUUUCCAUAUUUAGAUACAAAUAGUUUGUUUAAUGUUAUAAAUAACGCUGGUGUUAUUUCUGUGCCAUAACAUCAUAGUAUCAUCAGCAAAUAAAGUGAAAGUACUUCCAGUGUUAAGUUGAGCUAAGUCAUGUAUAUAAAGAAGAACCCAACACAGAACCCUGAGAGACUUUCUAACUUAAACAGUCUCUAUAUUGCUACAUCACUGAUUAUAUGAAAUUUGGUUACAAAAAAGUGGUACUUUCAAUGUUUAACACCCUGUAUCUCAAAUUGGUCACUUUCUGGUAGAAUACAGACUUUUACAACAUUCAAACAUUUCAGAAAAUUUGACACAUGACCAUUUUUUCAUAAGAAGUUGCCUGAUCCUUGAUAAGGUAGGUAUUAUUUGUUUGACAGAGAACGAACACAUUGUAUAUCAAAUUAGAAUAUGUAUAGUAUAAAUAUACAGUGUGUUAUGGGUAAUAUCCGCAUAAUUUAUAACUUUUAUUAAAUUAAUUUAUAACGUUAAAGCAAAACAGUUUCAAUAUUUUUGGUUAUAUUGUUCUUUUUAAAAAUGAACCACCCUGUAUGUUGUUGAAUAUAAAACUGUCAUAAACAUUGUCUAGCAUCGAGUCUACAUCUACAAUGGACCUGCGCGUAUAUCUCAUUCUAAACUAAGCUAUAGGCAACAUGAUAUACACAUAGACGUGAUACUAGUUGCCUAUGCUACAAUAGAAAGUAUCAAAAUAAGUCAAUUUAUAUUGAAAGGGCGUUAUAUUUCUACCAUAACCAAAAUAAUGUAAGGGUAUGGUCCGUUAUUAUUCGAAAUAUCGGUUAGAUUAGGAACGCGGUUACCUGAAAAUGGUAACUUAAACGUCAAUUCACUUUAACCGCUAUAUUUUUACGGUUACUAUUAAGUCAAAUGUCAAUCUGUCACGAAAGUGACGUAAAUCUCGGCCGUGGUCCAAAUUUAACCAAGGGUUUGGCCAGGGGCUGGAACGGCACAAAAGGCGGAGUUAUUUAGGGUGCUUUUAAAUGACAUUUAAGCGUGUUGAACUGUCAGUAAUCAAACUAAACCGAACGCUAAAACGGUCGUUUGGAGUUAAACGUGUUAAAGGAUCUUGGCAGAUCGAACGCAAUGUAAGGAACCGGUCAAAAAUUCCUAGUUACUUAUGGUUAGUAAUCGGUUAAUAUCGGAUCAUACCCUAAAUAAAGAAUACCAAGUUUGUCACAUCACUGAAAAGGUAAUUAAAUGGCGAAUUCAAUAAUAUGACUGUUACUUGCGUAACUAUUGAUUUUAGAGCCCUCUAGCGGGAUAAAAAAAACUUAAACUUAGUGUAAAGUAUGACACUUGACAUUUGAAAGCUAAUUUUAUUAGUACUUUUACUCUAUUUUUGUCAAUAUUGUCGUUUGUUAUAAUUAUGCGGGUAUUAUAUCUCUAAUAUCCUGAAUCUUAUUGAUUAAUUAACUUUAUUUUCUUUGAUGAAGAGUACUCAUUUAUAAAAGCGGUUUUUUUUAUAUAAAGGGCAUGUGAUAUAAACAGUGAUUAAAUAGGUGGAUAAAUAUAUAGUAGUUAUAUUAUAGAAAUAUUUUGAUGUUAACUGAAUGUUGAUAAUUGUUCUUUUUUAAUAGCUUUUGGGUAUUAUUUACCAAAGUAUAUUGUAUAGAAUUUUGAAACGAUGUUUGAAGAAAACGAAUUCGUAAAAAGAGAGUUUGCUGACAAAUUAAAAAAAGUAUUAGUAGAACAAAUUGCAUCACAGCAUUUUUCAUGUUAAAAAUAUUGUUAAUGUUCAAAUAUUUAAAUAAAAAUAUAUGUUUUA